GUUCUCCUCUGUGUUUGUAUUAUGGCGGCCGAUUAGAACAAGAAUCGACACGAUGUGAAAGAAAAACAUUGGGAUUUGCGAUGCUAGUACCUGUGAUUGGAGCAGAAACUACCAUUGGAGGUGCUAUGCGUUGCUUCACCUGCCUAUACACUACAACAAAUAUUAGGACCAGGAUACUCAUUGCUUAGCAAAGAAAGGGAAGAUGGAUAUCAAGCUUGAGGUACUAGCCUCAAGUAGCAUAAAGCGAAAUAAACCAUGGCCUAAAAUUCAAUGGGUCGGACAGGAGCAUGAGAGUUUGUUUAUGAUAGAUAAUGAGUUCCACAGAAUCAGUGUGCUGUAUGUACCAUCAGGAAAGACAAAGAAGAAAGUACCAAGAUUGACGGCUUUAGUGGACAGUACAAUAUGUGUUGGAACUACAAGAGAUGGAGCUUAUUUGAUUGGACUGACUCACCAUGGCGACAUAUUCUUCUGGCACAAGGACAGAGACGUCCUGAAGACAGUUCGUGGCCUUGCUGGAAUAGUUUCAUCGGAGGAACUUCAACAAGAGCCAUGCAGAUUAUUUGCCUCUGCUGACUGUCAGUAUUUUCUCCUGGUUAUUGGAACCCACAAUUUCUUUGUGUGGAAGACAGAACAAAGUGAAGACAUCCUGGAGUCCAAACUUCCGGAAGUCCAGGGGUCUUGGAACAAGGUUGCCAUUCCAAACAACAUAAACAUUCCAGUGUCUUGUCAAGACUGUGCGGAGUGUUCUAUUGAUGCCGUGUUCUUUAACCAUGAGAGUUUGGGAAACUGCUGUCAGAUGUCUGUGGUUUAUAAUAUUGAACAGAGUCUAUGUGUUAUCUCCCUACUGCUACGUUUUGGUACCAAUGCCGAAUUCUACUCCAGCAAGGUAGCACCUUUCCAGGUAGAGUGGACAGUGAUCCAGUAUCCGUUCAAACACAUCCAUCCCUCCUACGAGCCGAUCCAGUCGAAGGGAGCUUAUGUUAACUGCUACGCUAACAAUGGACAGGUGGUGGCUGUCGCAGCCAACCAGAACACGCCCGGUCACAGCAGCAUGUUGUUUGUGUCCCCCCUCACAGACACGGUCAUGGUGUCCGAGAUGAAGGGAUGUGGGGUCAGAGAUCGUUAUUCCAAGAUGGGCAGUAUGUACUGGCUGCGUGAGAUGACGUGGACAUGUGACGACUUGUUCCUAGCCUGUAUAAUGAACAGUGGUGCCGUGUGCCUCCUCAGUCGACUGGGCGAGCCAAUGUACAUCAGGACAUUCGGACAGUCUGUCGAGUUAGGUCCAGCCAACUUUCUCCCUCUUCAUCCUUGUCAAUACAUCAGUAAGAUAGACGAUCAUAGGUCCUCACCCAUCCACCAGCCAAACAUGAACGAGGAUCCAAUGAGGCAGAGAUUUUCUGUUUCCUCACAUUCCAGUCUUCCCAUAAUCCUUUUUUCGGAUGGCUUCAUGGUAACGAUAGCUCAGACGCCGACAGACAUGACCUGUCUGACCUUGAUGAGAGAUUUUGUCCUGUUUUCAUCAAAACAUUUAAAGGAUAUGGCUCAACAUGAGAACUUGGAUCUGACCUUGGCCGAUGCCUAUGGAAUGCCGUCAUCUAGAGAAGAGAAAUCAGCAAGGUCUGUGAGAGAUAGAAAGAAGAAGAUACAGUUUGAAUCGCCAGACGGAAACCUCAACACAACACAGGAGAGUGAGACAAGCUUCCUAGACGAUCAGCAGGAUAUGUUUCAGGGACUAACAGCAGGAAAGAUUGCAUUCGCGGAGACAGAGCUACCUGUGAUCCACCCCACAGACUUAUCUGGACUGGACCAACUCAGCACAAUGUCCAAACAGCUGGACAUUGCAGAGAACUGUCUGUUCAGCGCCUGGAAACUGGCCGUGUCUUAUUACGAACCGUGGACAGCAGAUGCCGAAAGUGUAGCAAAAAUAAUCUGUAAAAAUCUCACAAAACUGUUUGCGGUGCUUUUAGAAUGUCCAGGUGUGGAUAAGGUUCUGAUGGAGUAUCGUAAAGUUUCUCCAUCUGCUCAGAAUCCACGCCUCUCCUCGCUGAUUAAUAUGUACAGGAAGUGCAUGGAGCUGUUGCGGUUUGACAUCAUCAACCAACGCUUGAUGCCGGUCACACUCCGGUUCAGUCACCACACUCUGAACCUGGUGUUGAACAGCGGCGAGCUACAGAAAACAGAUCCGCGAUUGAAAACAUUGUCCGGGUGCUAUGCGCUGAUGAAGUUUUCAGAGACAAUUCUUAACCGUGUCUAUGUUUGGGUGCCCAAGGAUGUCGUGUACAGUGGCCUGCCUCCAGAGUCGAGGAAUGAACAAAAACACAUCUAUGAACCAGCAAUAUUAGUGAAAUCCCAGCUGUCCCCGCGCUCUGCUGCUAAGGAGAUCACAACAAGUAGCCAGUCCGAAAACAGGGGUGUAGCACUGGACCAACAGUCCCAACUACCAAGUAGAAGUAAUCAUGUAAACGCUGCCUCCGUAUUCAGUGAACUUUCCCGAGGGUUGUGUGCGAGCUGGAAGUUGCUGUUUAAGGCUAUGAAACAGCACCAAACACAGCUCCAGGGUAUGGAUGGCCAGCAGAAACAGGCGGAGCAGCUCGGUGGACUCAUCUACACCAUCCAACAGACCAUUCAGGAGGUGGAAGGGGAAGUCGUUAAACCCCCCUCCCCCAGGGUCAAUCAGGGAGACAAAUUGAGUAUGGAUGGGGAACACACUAUGGCCAUAGAGGCAUGGAUAGCUCAGCUUUCAAAUACGUCAGACCGCCCUGAGGAUGUCCAGCAGAUGAGCCGACUCCUUCACUCUGUGUUGUAUACAUACAUUAUUAAGGGUCAGCUGGCCCGAGCCCUGGACUUUGUGGACAGUCUGGUCAUCCAGGCCAAAGUCAGCACCGCUGUUUCUGAGCAGGAAGAUCGCUCCCUAAUGAUGACCAUAGUCACACACUCUCUCAAGAAGUCCUUAGAUAAAAACCAGGUGGUGCCGUGUAUACGUAAUCGCUGCAUCAGGCAAUUGGUCCAGACACUGGCCAGAUUUAUGGCUGCCUACUUCAGUAACCAGACCGUCUACGUGUUCCCUCCUCACAACCCCCAGUCCCUCCCUGUCAUACACAUGGGACCAGUACAACUCAGUAACAGAAUCCUGCCUAAAUACCACGAGGACAUCACUAACCUGGUUAGACGGGAGGGACUAGGUCAGAUGUGGACCACAGAGCGUGUACUGGAGUACCUCUUACUCAGUGGCCUGGUGUGUGAAGCUGUCUGGUUUGCGUACAAAAUGGGGGAUUGGAAGGCGGCUUUCCUGUUGUCUGUGGCCUGUACCUCUCAUCAAAUCGUGGCUCCUAGGCUUUACAAGAAAAAGAAGAGGCCCCUGAUGCUUCCAGAUGAGCUCAGCCCCACUGCCAUUUUACGGGGCAAACUGGAGGCCCUCAUCCACCUAGACAAACGCAAGGCUGGAGCCACCGUCAAACGGGAGGAGAAAAGAGACUUCAUCCCGAUUGAUAACGAGACCAACCUUGUGCAGCUGUCGCGGACGGUGGAGGAUAUACUGACCGCUGGGAUCAUCAGUAACGUAGAGAUUGUGCCCUGGCUAUUGUCCAGUCUGGUGGACAGGCUCAAACAUGUGGUCUCCAACUUCUCUCCACUGGUGCCCAAAGAUUUCUACCUGCCUGCCCCUCCUGUAUAUUGUCCACAACCCACAGAGGCUGACAAGGAGACGGGAGGCUCUCAGGAAGCUCAGCGGGAGAAACGACUGCGGUUUCAAAUCUCUUCGCUGGUCCAGCUGAUUCUGGUGAUAAUGGAGGCGUCCCAUAUCUCACUCCCUGCAGCUCGCUGGUACAUACAGGAACUCACUAAAGCCCAGAGCAAGGCUCAACAGUUCAAGGCAACUACAGAGGGACCCUGUCUAGAACUCCCAGAGGUCUUAGAAAAAUACAAACAAAAAAAGUCCGGUUUCAGUAAGAUGCAGAAAGAGAGGUCUGUGCGCCAGGUUGUCAACAGUUUCCGUGAUUUCUGUACCAUUCUGUGGCUGCUCCACGCUCGGGACAGAAUGUCAAAGAUCCUGAGACAGCGAGAGGAGCGCAUGAAUGACGUCAAAUAUGAGGACUACAUGAGAGAGAGCUGGGAGUCUAAGGAGGGUGAGGUUUGGGUGAAGGAGUGCUUCAGCAACCUACAGUGGGCUGUCCACAUGGCCACGUUCAGCAGAUUUCUACCAGAUGAGGGAUGUGUGUACAAAAUCAUUCUCUCACUCCUUCUUGAACUGCCUCCAAAUGAAGACACAGCUGACAUAUUAGCUGAGUUCUUUUACGAUCCUGACAAUUUGGAUGCUGAGGUUCAGGAGAAACUGGACAAACUACUUGCUGUUUGGCAGGGUGUGUUUAUAGAGCCUGAAGAUGAUGGAAAGUCAGCAAGGCCUGAUACUUCAUUUGAUAACAAUGAUGAUGAUAAUGAAGGAAGAAAGUCGGUUACAUUCCUACAAGUAUCACCACGGGGCAAAAUUCUGUCAGUGUAUUACUUCAAACAGUGUGAAGUGGUCAUGAAAGUGCUAAAGAAGAGAGCGAAAGUCUUUGGUCGGUUUGAAGAGUUUGUUUAUGACCGGUCGGGCAAAAUCAACAAAACAGACAGUUUGAAAGGUAACGGCCACAAAAGCAAGAAUGGAUUCCACAUAGGAUGUAGACCAUUUGAGACCAAGACAUCUUACCUGGAAUUUUUAGACAGUUUCUUCGACAUCUCCUUCACAAAGAUACUGGACACAGACACUGACCAGCACAAGUCCUUACCCUUGCUUCUGCCGUUCUCCGAGGAAAUAUGUGCCAGACAGUUCCGUGACAUGGACGAGAAAUCUGGAACGACCAUGCGCAGUCGCCAGUGUUUGGUUCCCAUGACGCCCCCUCACAGACCUGUCAAACGGACACAGAGUGAGUCAGUGUUACAGUACAAAGGAGCAAAGAUCAAUACAGGCUUCUACAGAAGUGUCAGCGCAGUCGAAACUAACACAGGGGCAGAUAAUUCAUCCGAGCCUCCAAGUAGCAGACGACAGUCCUCACCUCAUGGUCGGGGAAACAUGACUGGUUUGGCGUCCAAAUUUGCUCAGUCUGAGGACGCCCUAUACAAAGACUCUGCUGCCCAGGAGGACUCUGGGGGUUUUCUGGACGUGGAUUUCGGGACCAAGUACCACCAUGUUCAACAUCUGCUAGACUGGUUGUCCCAGUGGGGCAAUAAGAAUCAUUCUCUUGGCCUUAAUUGGAAGAGAGAGAAAGACUUGGAGUUCCGACCCACCAUGAAGAUUAUUGUCCCACCAACCCUAGUCGUGUUGGCUCUCUGGCUAGUUGAAAACAAGUACACCCCCUCAAAGAAAUUAAUAAAGUCGGGGCAUAGUUCUGAGGGGCAGAAUCUGUCUGUGAUUGAAGAGGACACAACACGGACCAAUAGAACUGAGCUCGAGGAAGCAGUGAUACACCAAACACAGGUCAAACAGGUCGAGGCACUGACAGGGUCUAGGAGGUCGAGUCAGGACAAAAGGUCGCCCAACAGGCAAGAACUAGGCAUGUCGUCAAGUAUGAGGAGUUUCUCCUCACAUCACACAGAAAACGAGUACGACCUGGAAACAGAGGAGGUACACACAGCAUACGAAAGAGUCCUGGAUGAGGACACCAAAGAAGAGAGUAGUUCCCUUGAAGUGAGCUCGUUGGGCACGGACGAAUAUGAACCUGAAAUGCGGCAGACUCUGUCCAUCAUCCGAGGGGCUAAGACAAGUCCCCAGAGGUCACGGAGGUCACUCAGACACACGAGUCCCGACCACAACCUGUCUUACCUAAACAGAAUCAAUAACUUCCAGUCGCCGGACAGACAUAACCAGCAAUCUCCUAACACCAGCACUCCCAAAUCACAGCGAUCUAUGCACCGUACUGGCUCCCCCAGGACCAGGUCAUCUAGGGGUCGUAACCAGGGAGAGCUGGGUGGAGACCUCGCCUCACAGCUACAGGGCAUUGUCAGGUCUGAACUGCGCAGGAUAAUGGAGGUCCAACACACCAACAUGAUGGCUAUGAUGGGCGCACUGGACGACCAGGACAACUCUCAGCCACCUCCCCUUCGGAGAUAUCCUCGUAGACCACACUCCCAGUCCCCAUCCCGCGGGGAAGGGCGGAUGACAGAGAACCGAGGCACCAGCCCAAUGAGGGGGUCAAGAGGUAACAGCCUUGACCGUAGCACGAUGAGAUUAGAGGAACUUGAUCAUUCUGGAAGGUCAAGGUCAGCAAAGAAAGGAUCGGUCGGAGGAGCCCUAACAGAGUUAAAGAAUUUACAGGGCAGCGCUAAUCGGUCAAGAGCACUGUCAGGAAGCCGGUCACCUCCAAAGUCAAGAUUAGGAGGUCCGGACAGAAAAACGGAAGUAAAGGAAAACAUUAAUGUACAACAUUCCCAGCAACUAAGCAACGAGCCAAUUCAUUUCAUUCCAAAGUUUUUACGUAUUCCUGCAGAGAGGGACAUGAAUGAGGACCAGGUGAAGCUCCCUAGGAUUCCCUCUCAGGCCUGGAGGGAGAAAGAUGACGAGUAUGCAGACAAACCAGCAGAAAACAUCAGCAUUCCUCUGCUGAAUGUUUAUGGAGCACAUGUCCCAUCUAGAUUGUUCCCUGGAGUCAACAAGUUCCCUGGUAACCAGAUUCCCCAGGUGGCCUCACAGAAUCCCCCAUAUGGACCCCCUCCCCAGUACUUUGAGAGCUACACAGACCAACAGAGUUCUGACCAAUCCAUUGGAAUUCCACUGUUGAAGAUGCCAAAUGAAACAAAACCCUUCUUGGGCCCCCGACCGGAGCCCAGCUUUGGAAGGCUGUUGGCUCCACAUCUGAUUCUGGGCAGCGAACAAGAAAGGCACCAACAGGAGAUGGCCAAGCAGAAACAUGCCCGAGAAUUCCACAGACAACAGGUUGAAAAUUUGGAAGAGUUAGAGAAACAACGGUUUGGGGAAAAUCGGCUGCAUAUAAAUCUGAAGCACCAGGAAUUGAAAGAAAGGAAGGAGGAGGAAGCAAAAGCAAGGAGGAUUAAACAGAAAAAUAGAGUUGUCAUGUCGCGGUCCGAGUCUCCAACAGAAUCAGAAUCCAGGCGUUCCCGAACACCAAGGAAGGCUGUUACUCCGAGAAAGGUGGUCACCCCAAGGAAGGCUGUCACGCCUCGGGACAAGAGCACAGCGGGCGAGGAGGAAGAGGACUAUGAGGAAGAGGAGAGUACAGAUGUUGCUGAGACUGGGGAGGACAUAGAUGAAACCUUAGAGGAGGAAUCCGAUCCAGAUAAACUUUAUGAUGGAUAUGCUAUUAAACCAGGGUCGUUUGACAACUACCUUGAACUAGAUGAAAGACUGGGUCCAGAGUCAGACACCAAUGCCAGGAUACAGUACAGGACGGCCAUGAUCCUGAAGAAACAGCGACAGAAACGCAAAAAGGUUGACUUCUCAACCAAUACUACAGAGUAUGCUGACAUGGGUACUGAUGCUGAUGAGGCGUUUGAGAGUGUCAGGACUGCAGAGGCAGCUACCUCCAUCACCAAAGACACAGGUGUCGACCCUAUCCAGGAAGCUAUAGUUGAAUACAACCGUGCACGACAGGGUACUGCUCUGCCCCCAGACAUUUAUCUGGGGCUGCGGUUUGGGGACGGGGAGAACCAGCCCACGUCCGAUGUGGCCCCCGAUGGCAAGCAGGUUAAGCCUAAGGGUCGUUCAUACCUCAACGUGGUAGAUCUGGAUGCGGCUGCUGUGUUGAAAGAUCUCCGAGCCAUUAGAGAUGAAGAAAAAGUGCAGGAAGAUUUAAGCCUUCGUCCUACGUCAGAAACCCUCAGGUCUGCCCGAGGUCACCAACAGGGUCAAGAGUUCGCAAACCUUGAAUCAUCACUGAGGGAAGCUCUACAGCCGGGUGUUCCAGUCAGACCGUUUAGACAGGAUGCUGUCACCGUCAGCAUGUUCCAGCAGCAUGGUGGCCCUACUGGGGAAAGGGUGUCUGUGGCCGUGAUGCCACGUGACAGUGUGGUAGAUACGCGGGCAGGGAUAAUUCAACGUCUGCGAGACAUGAACAGCCAGGCACUGGCUAUUGACCAGAUGUCAACUAAAAUUGAAAGAGAAUUCCAGAGUACACACAUGAUGCUGGACACUUUAGAAAACAUGGUGGAGGUUGAGGAGACCCAGGAGGGAGACAGGAGUCCUUCCCCUUCAGGUAAAGUCAGUACUAGAUCUGGACCAGCCAGUUCCAGGAGUCGUAGUCCCGGACCGAAGGUAUCCCACAGGUCACCGGAGGCUACAGCACGCUCGGGCAGUCUUAGUCCUGGGCCUAAAAGGUCCCAUAGAUCACCAGAAGCUACGGCACGUUCGGCAAGGUCAACUGCUCGCUCAGCACGGAGUCGACACGGAGGAAGCCCGGAUCUGGUUGGUAUGUCGGGUCUUUCUGGAAUCAGCGACAUCAUCGGAGAAAUGGUCCAGCGUGGUGAAAUUGACCUGGAGGAUGCGGGCUACACACCCAAAGAGGCUGAGGAGUUUGCCAGAAAGGUCAAACUGAGUGUGAGGAGUGGACGAUCCCCGGACAGGGAGCUUCUACAGAAAAGUCUGGAGCUGCUGGAGAAGAUGGGUGUCAAAGCAAAACCUGGAAAGGAAGAGGAUGAUGAUGAGAGGAAGGAGGAAAUCAGGACAUGGAUGAAAGACAAGCGGUCUGCCCGUCAGGAAGACUACUUACGCAAACUUGCAGAAUUGCGGGAACAUGAACAUAAGCCCUUCAAACCAGGCCACGAUACGAGCUUUAGGGGUCCUGCAAAUGAAUUGAAAAAGGACAGGAAGACAGCAGGAAAAGAAAAUAUGGACAGACGUUUGGAGGACGCUCGGAGCCUUAUAGCAGACAUCAUUACUGAUAAACCUAAACUCCCCAAACAAGUUCCUUUGCGCGAGAUAAGUCCCAAGCGAAGUCGAGUAUCCCAGGCGAGAAUGGACUACAGUCCCCGUCGCAAGACUAUGACCCUGUCUCCAACCCAGUCGAGGAGACAGGCCAGUCCCAAACGACAGCCUGUCCAACAUUCUCCAGACCGCAGGGAGACCAGUCCCAAGAGACAGACAGUUACUAUAACAACAGACAUGCCCACAGAGUACAGGCCAGGAGUGACACAGAGUAGUCGACGUGUAGCAUAUGAUGACCUUCCAGCAAACCCCGUCAAGAGACAGGGAAUCAUGAAGCCCAGCCGGGACUAUAGUCCUCCUGAGGUCGCUCAAGGUCACCCAGGAGUCCCGAGGCUGCAGUUGAUAGAUUCUGGAGAAAUUCUACAUAAAUCCAUGGAAACCACAGGUGGUGAAAUAUCAGCCUACGCCAAGGCUGUUGAGGCGAUGGAGGUGACUAAGAGUGACGACAUGUUUAUAUCGGAGCGCUUCGUACCGUCGCCAGAACCAGAGCCUCGUAAUUACAAACCCAAGCCGUUCCACCAAGUGGUGAAAGUCCAGAGGCCGGAGAUGACCAGGAAGUAUCGCCAGUCCAAGGUUGCACCUGUUGUCACGGAGGCAGACAUCAGAGAUUACCAUGACGAUGACCAGACCACAGCCAGGUCUAUGAAUUCAUCGAAAGAACUGACCAUGGAGGAAAAACAGAAAAUUUAUGGUUCUAAGAGGCUGCCUGCUCCCAGUAGAAUCCCUGUUGCCUCCCCGAGGACAGUGAAGACCUACACAGAACGACUGCAGGAGAUGAAGUCCAAACCGCCAGCCUUCACCCAGCCCAUUAUGCCUCGCUCCCACAGGCCUGGAGGAGGCUCAGUGAGGAGUUCCCAGGUCACAAGUGUGUCACGGAGGAGGACCGGGCCGCCACACAAGCCGCUCAGCUACGUCGAGCGUCUACAGAAACUCAGUGAGGGUACCCACAAACCCAGAGCUGCCACUGGCCGGGUGAAAACAGCCACUUUCAUGAGGUCACACAAGCCGAUCCACAGACCACAGACUUACGCGGAACAGCUUCAGUCUCUACAGCCUAAGCCAGUUAAGAAGAUAGCACCAGCCCGAGGACAGCCUCGAAUGCGUCCCUACGCUGACCCGUACAGAACGGGAGCACCUGAUGAGGGAGACUCGGUUAUCAGCGACUGGUCAAUGGAUGAUGAUGUCAAACGUUUGCUGUAUGAGGAUGAUGCUAGCUCAGCAAUGCCUGGUCAGUCUGUUGACCAUCCGAUGUCACGAAUGUCUGGCAUGGACUACCCGAUGUCCGAGGGCGUGUCCGACUACUAUGAUGUGAUUAUGGACAGUAACGAGUACGUGGAGUCCGUAGACAUUGACGAAAUCAACAGGAUUGCUUACGCUGCAUCUGUGAGCUCCGGCAGUGUUAUGAGUGUAAUUGACUGGGACGCCAUUGAUAACCUCAUCUCGGACGUUAAGUAGAGAAGUGAUAAAUCGAAGAAAUGAUAAAACAACAUCUCUUACGUCGAGUGUGAUCUCAAAAUAUCCAAUAAUUCUCAUCUCAGCUGUUAAAGGGAACAAGGGAGAGAUCAAACUUUAACAUAGGGUGAAAACAUAGGUUGAGAUCAGAGAUAUAUUAAGUGAAACAAUGUAUCACAUUUCCUCAAGUGUGUAUAGAACUCUUAAAGGAAUUUUCAUGAAAUUGAUUAAGAUCAAAUGAAGGUGGAAUUGAUACUUUAACUGAUUUGAUUUCCUAAGGAAAAACGAUUGAGCAUUAAGAGUUUAAAUGACGUGUUAUGCUAAGGGCUGUUCCAGAAUUAAGUAUGUGGGAGGAGGGGGGAAAGGACAGGGAGGCAUACCAUCCACAAUAUGUUUUUCCUGGCGUACAUUUAUAUACAAAUGUCAAUACUUGGACCCCACCACCUAUAUAUUUUAUCUGGAAUAGCCUUGAUAUAAUAAGUUCAAUUUAAUUUAUGUGAUUCUUGAAACCACAGACAGUGAUAGUGUCCUGGAUUUAUUUCUGGAUAUAUUUUAAAUAAUCACAAGGACACUUAUCAAACAUCGGAGUCAGUGACACUGUGUGUAGUUUAUGUACGUGAGAACCGGCAGCCUAACACUUAGCUGAGUAUUAACAUGACGUGCUAUGUCUUUAUUCAGCAAGGUGUUUCUACAUAUUCCUCAAACUUUAUAUCUUGCCAGGUUACGGCAUGAAACUAUCUGUGAUAUGAAAGAUGAAAUAAAUCUAUCAAACAUAACAUGUAAUUAUAGAUGUUGGAUCAGAUGUGUACCAGUGUAUGUUUGUGAUGAGUGUAUGCUUAUUAAUGGUUGAUUGUGUAUCUAUUUAUAGUAGAUCUCUGUGACAUGCUAGUAAAACCACGAUUCACUUAACAUGUAAAUUGAACGAUACAACCUGUCUAGAAAGCCCAAGUUACCUCUUAUUCCAAAUUCAGUAUGUCUGUGUCUUGUAGUCCUGUAUGAUAGGUUUAAAAUUGAAUGCACUUUUAUUGGCUAGCUAGUAAGAUCACAUGUAACAGUGUAUCAUUUAUGUUUUAGCGGUAGAAUCCGUCCUUGUUUUGAAAUGUUUAUUGUUUUAAUGUUUUAGUGGAGGAUUCCGUCCAUGUAUUGAUGUUUUAGGGCCUAAGUAUUUAAUAGGUAGAUUCCAUCCAUGCUUGAUUGCAGAUUCUUGUAUUUACAUCAAUCAUGUUGGAAAAAACAACAUUUCAUAUAUUACGCAAGAUAAUUCAAGUUUACUUGUGUUUAUUAGAUUUCUAUUUUAUUUAUUUAUCUGAAAAUAAAAAUGAAAACA